GUUCCAUAUCUAAUGCAACUGCCAUUUUGUUUUUCAGUUGAAGAUCCACUGCAGCUAUGGUUGUUCUUGUGAAAAUGGCAUUAUUCGACGUUUAGAUAUUGCCUUAUAGUGUGUUUUUCCCUAAAUUUAAAGACGGUCUUGUUGAGAAGUAGUGGAAGGUAGUGUGAAAGACCAACUUUCCUUGUAUAUUGUGAUUUAAUUGUUCUUGUUUACGUUAGGGUCUUCUGGCCGACGACGUUCUAUUAGAUUGGUGCUGUAGCUAGCUAGUUAUCUCGGUGGCAAAAUGGCGGCGAAUACGACCCAGACAGCUCCAGCUGCUAACUGGUCGUAUGACGCAUCAGCAGGUCCAGAGGGCCAGACAGUCUCGGAAAACCCAGAGUGGGAGAAGGCCAGACAGGCACUGGCCUCCAUUAGCAAGACCCAGAGCGCCACCAAGACCGCUCAGGCCAACCGGACCACAGCACAGGCUGGUCAGUUUCAGCCUGUAGUAACUGAGUCAACAGCCAUACAGCAGCAGCAACAGCAGCAGUACUACCAACAGUGGUACCAACAGAACCAGCAGCAGCCGUAUCCUGGGUACACCUACCCCUACAAUUACUACUAUCCCAUGGCGCCGGGCCCCUAUGGUGGCGGCGGCUAUCCUCCUCAGGGCCAGUAUGGUGUACCUCCAGGACCUUACCCUUCUCCCACCACUCCAACUGGACAGCCUCCAUCCCUGCCCGUGAUGGAUGACCAGUCCUCCAGCUACCCCUCUCAGCCCACCCCUCCUCCUGCUGCCCCUCAACCACCCCCCCAGAGCCCCACCAGCUCUGAGAAGCCCCCACCCCCUCCUCCCCCAGCCAUCCCUCCCCCUCCCAACUCCCAGUACCCCCUUCCUCCAGGGCAGAACUCUUACAACCCCAACAACCCCAUGCCCUACCCCAACAACGAUCCCAAUCAGAUGAGAGGUUACAACCACAACCAGGGCAGGCCCAGCUAUGGGCAGAGCUACCAGACUCAGAACUCGUACCAGCAGCAGCAGAAUAACAACCAACACCAGCAACAAGGACAGGGUCAGUAUGGACCAGGAGCUGGGAGAGGAGAGGCCAACAAAAACAAGAACCAUCAACAACAACAGCCACAACAACAAGGACCGCAGCUCUGGCACCGCAUGAAACAGGCACCUGGAUCAGGUGCGAUGAAGUUCAACAUUCCCAAGCGACCCUACGUCAUGACCAAUCAGAGUUUCCCUCCUGGGGAACAACCCACUGGAUUGGCUGCUACUCCUUCCUCCCCAGCUGCUGCUCCUGCUGCACCUGGCGGUGCCCAGACACGGCCCCAGGACUGGCCCCAGGCGAUGAAGGAGUAUGUUCAGCGCUGCUUCACAGCCUGUGAGAAUGAGGAGGACAAGGACCGCACCGAAAAGGGGCUGAAGGAGGUCCUACAGAAAAGACUACAGGAUGGGUCUGCCUACACCAUCGACUGGGACCGCGAGCCUCUGCCUGAACUGAAGGCCAAGCAGUCUCGCUGGGAGGCUGUGCCCACCCAGAGGACUCUGGAGAGUUCUGUGGGUCGUGGUGGGGCUACGCGUGGCAGGGGUGGUGGGGCCAGGCUGGGGCACUACAGGAACGUCUUCUCCCAGAGAAGCCCCUCAUCCAGCUCAUCAGGCUCCUCCUCUCGCUCCCCCUCUCCCUCCCACAGCCGACACAGGGACCGCAAUGGCCAGAGACAUAGACGCAGUGACUCUGAGUCCCAGUCGGACAGCAGCAUGUCCAGUGACCUCCGAACCCAGCUUCCCCGGCGCAACCAGAAAGGAGGGCGUGGCCGUGGGGGUGACAGGGACCGAGGCAGAGGAGGUGGAGAGAGGGGACGAGGAAGGGGCGGAAGAGGCAACAGAGGACGGAGAAACAUGGAUGACGCUAACUCCACCGUCCUGGGCAAGAAGAGGAAAGGUGGGAACGCCGGCCUGGACUUCCACGACCCCCACCGGGAGGCCAAGAAACAAAGCCGAGCGGCACGCUUCCACAACACCAAGAUGCGCUCAGAGCCCCUGGUGCUGUCCAUCAACAACCUGGAGCUGCCCAAGGAGGACCUGAGCUGGGACGACUGCCCCAUCGUAGGCACCUGCCAAGAGAUCACCAAGAUCUACCUGAGACUCACCUGUGCCCCUGACCCUGCCACCGUGCGUCCCGUAUCUGUGCUGAGGAAGUCUCUGUUGGCUGUGAAGGCCCACUGGAAGACCCGUCAGGACUACCCCUACGCCUGUGAACAGAUGAAGUCCAUACGUCAGGACCUCACGGUUCAAGGAGUUCGUACAGAGUUCACAGUGGAAGUAUACGAGUGCCAUGCACGCAUUGCUCUGGAAAAGGGUGACCACGCAGAGUUCAACCAGUGCCAGAUGCAGCUGAAGGCCCUGUACAAGGACAACCCGUCAGAGAACAUAGGGGAGUUCACUGCUUACAGACUACUCUACUAUAUCUUCACUAAAAACUCUGGAGACAUCACGACUGAGCUGGUGUACCUGACUGCGGCGCUGCGGGCGGAUGAGUGUGUGUCCCACGCGCUCUCCCUCCGCGCUGCCUGGGCUCUGGGAAACUUCCACCGGUUUUUCCAGCUCUACCGGAGAGCCCCACGCAUGGCAUCCUACCUCAUAGACAAGUUUGUAGAGAGGGAGAGGAUGAUCGCUCUCAGGGCUUUAUUCAAAACAUUCAGACCAGACUUGCCGGUGGAGUAUGUGCAGUCCAGUCUGGGCUUCCUUUGUUUAGACUCUUGCAUGGCCUUCCUCACAGGCCUGGGGGUCACCUUCUUCCCCUCUGAUCCCAGCAAGAUAGACUGCAAGACCAGCUCAGCCAGUCUGGCAGCCUCCUGAGGGGGUGGGGGGUUUACCGGGGAGGGGGGAAAGCACACUAAAGGGAGAUACUGAGAGCUAGACAGGGUCAGGAAUGUACCCUCCAGUUAUACUGCACUACACUUCAGGAGGGAGACUAGUGGUUAGACUGAAACUACAAUUUGGUCCUGUAGAAAGAGGGAGAUAUGCACUAGGACCCACUAAAUCACUUAAGGCUGAAAUUCAGUGAGGAUCCCACCCACAGAUGCACUGUGCUCACAGAUAUGGACUGAAUAACAAGAGUGGGGGAGAUUAUCUGCAUACAUGCUGCACAUCAAAUACAUUUAGAAUAGCUUAGUCCCACACAUCUCUGAUCAGCUCAAGAUAUUAAUUAUACUUUCGACUUAGAACAUUUUAAUGACGAACAGAUGUUAGGCAUUAGUUCAAUGUAAGACCCGAAGAUCAAGCGCCAACUCACACAGAUCAGGGAAGAGUGUCGCCUCAAGGUCUCCCAUCCACUAUCACUCUCAGAAGUUUUAAGCUAACAGUGUUCUGUUAUGUUUUUCCUUCCCUCAAGUCAACAGCCUCAAACUCAUGUGAAGACGAGCCUUGAGAACCCAAGAGGGAGAUGAAAACGAAAUGAGCUAAAGUCAUCCCUCAAGCCCUCAUCCAACAGGCUGCUCAUCCACUCCAAAACCAAACCGUCAACCAGAGAAGAGGUUUGUCUGUUCAGGUGUUCAGCUCUAGAGACUGUGCUAGCCCUAUGCUGCUUUCAGGAAGCUUUCGUGAUCCAGCGUCUAAUUCGGGAGAGGAGGAGAUGGUGGUUUGUAUGUCCUGUCCCCCCUUCCCUCAAGCUGUCUAUGAUUGGCGAUCUGGUGGGGAAAGUUACCCCCGCUUCCUGUUCCUGCGUAGCCCUGCACACUUGUCACCCCUGAAAUGUAUUGACUGAGAAAUCUGAAGGUUCUGAUUGGCUCCUUGCCCAGGUUGGCCACAUCCAUCCUUACCCCACAGUUGUCCGCUACCCACAGUCCCCUGCUUCACCCUUCAACAGUCGUCACCCAGAGUUCACCAAAGUUUGACCACAAAGUUUACAUCCCAGUUAUAUCUGCUCUCUAAUAUAAUAGAGCUCCAAGCCUGGUGUCUAGUCCUUUCUGGUAGGCAUUGACUUAUAAAGUGUGAUGGUGGAUACAGUCCCCUAAUAUUUACCAAGAAUGGCCUCUGCAAUCCCUCUGUAUGUGUCCAGGAGGCAGGAUAUCUACCUAUAGUCCAUCUAUCCCCUGAGAGCAGACAAGGAGGCAGUCUCCCACCCCUUAAGAGUACCAAAUAACCAAGUUGAGGCUCUGAGCGAGCCUGUGGUGUUUCCUGAGUUAGCCGAUCAACAGCCCCCUCAGCGGUAUGGAAUAGCAGUCGUCAAGCACUCCCAUCACACAGGAAGAAGUCAGCUCCAUCAAGAUGGUGGCAACGUCUUCGCCUUCAAAUAUGGUGGCUGGAUCAGUCCCGCCACACAACAGAUGGAGAUGAGAUCGCUGUCUGUGCAGAUGGCAGCAACGUCUGGGUUUGUAUGCUCCACACUCCGUUCAGUAAGGCUGAGUAUGUAUGUAUGGCUGGUAAGAAAAAUGACUGUUGGUGUGCUGGAAGGAGGUGGAGGACAGCACGGCAAAGAUCACCUGGUAUUCACUAUUGGCUCAUUCACAAACGCUAACCAUUGGUUUGGGUUAAGGUGUAUGAUAUCAAGUCUGGUAAUUGCUUAAAUUCCAACCACGUGAUGAUAGUGUGUCUGAAAUUGUGAUAUAAAAUGAAGGGUGCCAGUAUUAACCCUUGGAGAACACCCCUCAUUUGCAAGACAAUGAUGAAGCCAAACUGUCAAAUUAUGCAGGUGCAGAUUCCUUUUAAACCUGAAUUUGUGUAACUGUCCUUAAUUGAAAAUUCACAUUCUGCCACAAAACAUUAAUUUAGGACAUUAAUGUUGGCGGCUAAAGCAUAAGACUCUGCUUAUCAAAUGUUUGUCAGUAAUCAAAUAAUCUGCUUAUAUAUUUAAAGCUAAGAAAUCACCAUGUGAUAUUUUUAAAACCCCAUUGCAGACAUUUUGGUUUUCAGUAAAGGCAGGUGAGAGUGAAGGAUUGUCGAGUAGUUAUUUAUGGGUCCUAUGCAGCAGUUAUACAUUAGGCUACAUCCCUGUGUAUACUCUUGAUAAGAUCUGAAGCGAGGAGACUAGUGUGGAGAGUUAAUUGUAAAUCAACAUAAUUGUCAAUACAUAAAUAGAACCUAGAAAUGGAACAUGAGUUGGUGAUAUCAGUUGAUCUAAUAUCAGCAUAUAUACCCCUUGUUUUCAGGCAUGACCUUGAAGAGUAUUAACUUGAUUCACAUCAAAGCUCGAGGUAUUUUAGUGAGUUCGGUGCCAUUGUGGAGAUAUCAAAUGUAUUUGUCACAUGCACUGAAUACAACCGGUUCAGACUGAAAUGCUUACCUACGAGCCCUUUCCCAACAAUGCAGAGUUACAAAGUAAGAAAAAUGAUAUAAAUACAGAAGGAAUUUGGUAACACAAUAAAAUAACUAACAAGGCUAUACACAAGAUAGGACUCAACUUUCAGGAUGAACAGAAGUCUGUGCUGUAACAAAUGUCCUGUGUGCUCAUCUAUAGAGUAGAUGUGUCAGUAUCUAAUGUACAUUGUUAUGGAUUCAGUUGGCCUUUUUUCUUCUCAGUAGCUGUAUUCAUUGGUCAUUUUGACAUGUUUUAUGUUUACCAGGGCAAGUGUAAUUUUGACAAACAUAUGGUGAAUGAGAAGCUGAAGCAUUUUAGAUAUGGGUAAUAAACAAUUAAUUAUUUAAGACAAUUGAUGUGAAUAUGUAAAUUGUCAUUACAAAUCUAUGAAGUUGGAUGAUUUGGAAUACAUUUCCUGUUUUUGAUAUUGCUGUGGAUUUAAAUGGGGAAUUGAUAGUAACUGCCUUUUGUAGUGCAAACACUUGCGUGAUUUCUACCCUAUAUUUUUGACUGCUUAUUCAAUAAGUGUGCAGGACAGAAGGUGUAUAUUUUGGGCUUUUACCGGGAUUGAAAAUGGGAUAUUUGCUGUAUAAACCAAAUAUUUUUCUUGCCAGAUAUGCACACUUGGUUGACCACUUUCAUUUCUUACUCAUUUUUUAAAUGCUCAUCUUCUGUAAACCCAUUUUUCGUUUUAGAUUUUAUUUAAUGCAUUUCUGUCAUCUCAACCUUUCUGGCUCUCUGUACUCAUGAACCCCUUAGAUCAGUGGUAUUCAAAGUCAGCAUCUCAACCCAUGAGGGAACUGCAGUGGGGUCGCUAAAAUGCGAAAACAUUAAUUCGUCAUUGUAUGGGACAAUAUAGAAACGUUUUUGAGAAAGAUCAUUUGAAAAAUCUAUUUUUGAGUAAAUGUAUUUAUUGGUUUAUUUUCAUUUCGAUGAGAUGAACAUGAAUUUAAUUGAUUUUUUUUUAAGGGUGUCAGUAGGUUUGGAAAUUCUUCUGGCCAGAAAAAAAAUUUCCCCAGAAAUUCUGGUGAAAAAAUUGGUGUCCUCACUGAAAAAGUUUGAAUAUCACUGCCUUAGAGAUGAGUAAUGUACUAAAACCACCACACAACAUCCUGAUGGCAAGAGAAAGGUUUGGUUGAAGGCACUGCACUCCCAUCAGCCAAGAAACAAACUGUUACUGUUUGUGUUGCUCAAGUCUCCCAUUUGUCAAUUUCUUUGGAAGUAGUUUGUCAAAGAGCAAACCCAGACCUGUUUCAGAUUAAGUGGUUUGGCUGGUGUGAGUCAGUGUUUUGAUAUGGGAACAUAUCAAUAUGGUACCGUCAUUAUGUUAUUAAUAUUCUUAAUGAUUGGAUUGAGAGCCUGUGAGAGAUAUAUAUCUGACAUGACUGCAGGAUCAGUUUCAAUAUGAAUGUCUGGAUGAGUGAUCAGUCUUCUCAGCAACCCUUCUACCCAUUUCUAGAUCCCUUUGUGUCAUUUGACUUGCACUAUUUUGUGUGAUAUGUGCUCUUGUUUCGGUCACUUCGGUCAUUAUUGAGAAGUUGUACUCAUGACAAUUUGUAAGUCGCUCUGGAUAAGAGCGUCUGCUAAAUGACUUAAAUGUAAAUGUAAAUGUAAUGACUCAACUUGUCCCUUCUCUCUUCAUCUUCCUAUCCUCUGUCCAACUUUCCUUUUCCCCACUCCCUUCACCAGUUCCUUUCUCUUAUUUUUCUUCUUGCAGUACUGCAUUACAGGAGCAAAAGGAAUGUGAAAAGAGAGCACCUCCUCCCAGCCUCCAGAAGCAAGCUGGAGAGAGGGGAAAGUGUGAGAAAUGCAAGACUUGAUACUGCCAACUCAAGUUCAAGCCAAUUUGUCAAUAUGACCUGAUGUUGCUGUGUCUUAUACAUGGGAGCCUGACUUCAAUUGUUUUAGUCAAGUCUUUUGAAUGUAUUUUAUUUGACUAUUCUUAACUUGAAUCAAGAAAACAUUCAAUGUCAGAUUUUUUUCCCACUCUAGUUUGCCUGAAACAAUCUAUAGUUAGUAAAGGUUUGCCAGAAAUCGAUGUCUAUAGUUAUGAUGGUUUAGAGGUAUCGGCCUUCCUAUGUGUUAAUGUAUACUGUUUGUCCAGAAACAUUUGCAUGCGUUCUUGUUUUUCAUAACCAGGGUGUUCUCUGGAAAUUGAUUUGUCAUUGUCAACAUGUCAAGUACAGAUCAAUAUUUAGUAAGGCAACCUUUUUUGGUCAGUUAAUAUUUGGCAUCUCUGUAACCUCAAUGUAUUUUGUCAGAUGCCUCAUUGUCUACCUGUAAAUUAAUUUGCCUGCAUUUGGUAUUUGUCGUAAUACAUUGGGAGUUAUUUUAACUUGGAAACACAUUAAGUAUCUAGCAUUUUUGGGAUUUGAAAUGGAUCUGGACAUACAGCAUACAUUUUUCAAAUAUCUAGAAUGAAUUGUAUCUGCUUAUAUUUGGUCACAUUCCUGUCAGUUUUGAGUAGUCUGGUAGUAGUUGGCUCCCAUAUCAGAAUGUUGCUCUGUCUUGCUCUGUACCUUUCCUAAACAGGAUGCUUCUCUGUCUUGUCUCUGUUGAUUUCAGACACCUCUUCAACAGUGAAGUCAAGUUCAUGUAGCGUGCUAUCUCCUGGUCAGAUGUUUAACAUUGUUGAACCUCUCAUAUCUCACAUUGAUGCUUUAGUUCUGAUACAUUCAUAUGUUUUGUUCAAUGACAGUUUAUAACUGUACAUUUCCAUUUAACUAACAAUGCUUCUCCUUUUAAAAAUGUGCUGCUCCUCUUACUCUCGCAACUGUUACUUCUGACACUUGUGGGUUUGUUUUUUCCUCUUGAACUUCUUGAAGCCCAUCACUGUGUAACUCCUGCCUCCAUUUGUCCUAUUAGACUGCACUUGAACAAUUCCCUUUUCUUACUUCAGCCUGAUGCAUCGGUUCAUUUUUAAUUCUUCACUGUCUUUAGUGGAUUUGUUCUGUUGCUCCUUUUCUCUCCUCACUCUUCUUACCUGCAUGUGUCCCCUCCCCUCCCUCUUCCCUUCAAUCAGAAUAUCUCCUUUCUCCACCCUCUUCAUGUUGAGUAUCUGUUUGCUAGUGACUAUUGUUGCUGAGUAACUCUCCAUUCUCGGUAGUAAGUAUUGCUUCUAUGCUGCUCAGGUGGUUUCUGUUGCAGCCAGCUGAAACUAAAGGAUAUACUUGCAAAAUAUCCCUCCCCAGUCUCAACCCUCCCUGGAUUGUAUUUGAAAUGAAAUACUCCCAUUUUGUAAAUACUGUGUACAUAUGUAUUUUUUUCUUGAACCUAAUAAAAUAAGUUUAGAAAUAA